CAAAUCAGAAAUUUUAUUUCUUUUUUCUCUCUCCUUCUCUUUGGACUUAUCACAAGCACCUCUGCAACUACCACCACUUGCUCCGUCGCCGCCACCACCACGUCGUCCUCCGCCACCAUAACCAGCACCACUACCAUUCCUAAGUGAGAAAGAAGAGAUUUAGAUCGAGAUUGAGAGAGAGAUCUAUCGAAAAUUAAACCAAACUAAACCCACCACCACCAUCUUUGUCGCCACCAUCAACAAUCCAUCAUUGUUUUCCAAAAUUUCACCAUCAUUGUCGAAGCCGCCGCAGCCAGAUUAUGAACAAACAGAUUGAGAAGUGUUAUUGAUUAUCUUUUUUUUUUUGGAUUACAGAUCCAAAUUUAAAUUCCUUCGUUUUCUAAAGUGGUGAUGGAGAUAAAAUGAGAUUGCAUCGAUUAUCUUCUUUCUCUUGUUUAAUUAAGUUUCUGCUGGUGCCUGGUGGUGGCGGCGGCGGUGGUGGUAUAACUAGUUUUUUGUUGUUUCUGGUGGUGGUUGGGUCGGAAUGAUAAAAUCGGUGAUAAAGAUAGUGGUGGUUAUUGUAGUUGUGGUGGUGGUUGUGGUGGUGGAGAUUGGGUGUGUUCUUUUGGUUGGGAGAUGGUGGUGUUGAUUUCGUAUGGCUGUGAAAGAAGAAGGGUAUACAAAUAUUGGUGGUGGUGGUGAUUUCCGCUCAACUCAGACUGACUACAAUGAUAUUGGUGGGCUAGAACUACAGAUGCAAGAACUUAAAGAAGCAAUUGCUUUGCCAAUUACUCACGCAGACAAGUUUGUGAAAAUAGGAAUCAAACAACCCAAAGGAGUUCUACCGGAAAGACCUCUUGGAACAGGCAAGACGUUGAUGGCCCCUGCAUGUGUGGCAGAAACAAAUGCAACAUUUUUGAAGCUAGCAGGUCCUCAAUUGGUUCAGAUGUUCAUUGGUGAUGGAGCUAAACUUGUCCGUGAUGCGUUUAAACUUGUGAAGGAGAAAGCCCUUUCAUCAUCUUCAUCGAUGAGAUUGACACAAAUGGAUCUAAGCAAUUUGAUAGGAUCAACUUUGGUUGUUGACACAACCGGUGGCGGCGGCGGCUUUGGCGGCGGUGGUGUUCCAGUGGUUGUCGUGUUUAGGUGGUGGAGUGGUGGCGACGGUUAGUAGGUGGUGUUCGUUGAGCGGUGGUGGUGAAAUAUUGGUGGUGGUGGUGGACAUGUGGUGGUGGAACGAUGGAGGUCGCAGUCUUGAGGUGGUAAAGAAACAAGUUCGUUGUAUUUUGAAAUUAAUUUUUUUUAUAUGAUUGAGGGUAUUGAUGUAAUCUAUUUUUAAGUGGAUAAGGUUUUAAAAUAACAAGGGUAUAUUUAUUGUUGUAUAAGGAUAUAUUUAUUGGGUGUCAAAACUUGGGGUAUUAAUUAAUGUACCCUUCAAUUUUAUUCGUAAAUUUAAACCAUAAAAGUCAACAUUUAAUUAUAAUGUCUUAACUUUUUUGA